GAGUAAGCGAGAGGCUUUUAAAGCCUUUGUGUCAGUAGAAAAUAUCGGACCCAGUCUCCCACUACCUUCGUCUUUUUAUCUUGCUUCAGCUCAGAGCGCAUAAGCAUAACAAUAAGCGAAACUCACCCGCCACAGCCAACGGCGAUGGGAGUAACAGACUUCUUCGCCGGCGAGAUUGCCGUGGAGCUUCUAAAAAUGCUAGUAACAAUAUCACGCAAAUCUUUACUGUGUAAAACAAGCGCCGACUCCUUAAUAACCAACAUCAAUAGUCUCCUCCCGAUCAUUCAAGAAAUUAAACACUCAGGCGUAGAACUUCCCGCUCUCCGCCAAGGCCAACUAGACCGUGUCUCCGAGACUCUCCGUGAAGGCCAUGAGCUUGCCAACAAGGUCCUCAGGUCCAACCGAUGGAAUGCAUACAAGAACCUUCAGCUUGCAAGAAAGAUGGAGAAGUUGGAAAAAAAUGUUUCAAUGUUUGUUAAGGGACCUAUGCAAGCACAUGUAUUGGCUGACGUUCAUCAUUUGAGGUUUGAUACUGCAGAAAGAUUUGAUAGGCUUGAAGGGUCUGCGAGGAGACUGGAACAAAGGCUUGGAGCUAUGACAAUUGGGGUAGCAAGUGGUGGGUGGAUUGAGGAAGCUGUGAAGAGAGCUGAAGUUGAGGAAGAGAGGUGGGAGGGCAGUUUAGUAAAUUUGCUUGGUGUUGGCAUGGAGGUGGGCAAGAGAAAAGUUAAAGAGAUGGUUAUUGGGAGAGAUGAUUUAGGUGUUAUUGGGAUUUGUGGGAUUGGUGGCUCUGGAAAAACUACUUUGGUUAAUGAAGUUUGUAGAGAUAAUCAAGUUAGAGGUUACUUUCAGAAUAGAAUUUUGUUUCUGACAGUAUCACAGUCUCCAAAUGUGGAGCAAUUAAGGGCAAAAGUUUGGAGAUUUGUUUCAGGAAGUGAUGAUGUGGAUAGGGGUGUUAAUGAUCUCAUGCCAAGCUGGAAUCCCCCGAAGUUUGAAUGGAGAUUUGGAUCUCGAAUGUUGGUUGUUUUAGAUGAUGUUUGGUCACUUUCUGUUCUUGAGCAGUUAACUUUUAAGGCAGCUGGAUGCAAGACACUUGUGGUUUCACGAUUCAAAUUCCCAAGUGUCACCAAUGCUAGUUAUGAAGUAGAACUGUUGAGGGGGGAGGAAGCAAUAUCCUUGUUCUGCCUCUCUGCUUUUGGGCAAACAUCCAUUCCUCUUGCUGCUGAUGCCAAUCUGGUCAAGCAGAUCGUGAAUGAGUGUAAAGGGCUUCCCUUAGCUCUCAAAGUGAUUGGAUGUGCACUAAGGGGCCAACCUGAAAUGUAUUGGGCAAGUGCAAAGAAGAGAUUAUUGAGGGGGGAACCUAUUUGUGAGUCCCAUGAAAACAAGUUGCUAGAUAGGAUGGCCCUUAGCAUUAAAUUCUUGCCUAAAAAAGUUAGGGAAUGCUUCUUGGAUUUGAGUUGCUUUCCUGAAGACAAGAAGAUCCCUCUUGAUGUUCUCAUCAAUAUGUGGGUUGAGAUACGUGAUCUUGAUCCGGAGGAAGCUUUUGCUAUCCUUGUUGAGCUUUCAGACAAGAAUCUUCUCACUUUGGUGAAGGAUGCAAGAGCUGGAGAUCUGUAUAGCAGUUACUAUGACAUCUCUGUUACUCAACAUGAUGUGUUGCGGGAUCUUGCUAUAUAUUUGGCCAAUCGAGGUAAUGUAAAUGAGCGCAGUCGAUUACUUAUGCCGAGAAGAGAUUCGGAAACUCCAAAAGAAUGGGACAGAAAUGCUCAUCUGCCAUUUAAUGCUCAGAUUGUUUCACUUCAUACAGGUGAAAUGAGAGAAAUGGACUGGUUGAAGAUGGAGUUCCCCAAGGCUGAGGUUCUCAUGGUAAACUUCUCAGCAAAUGAGUAUUUCCUGCCUCCUUUCAUCGAAAACAUGCCAAAACUUAGGGCAUUGAUUGUGAUAAAUCACAGUACACGAAAUGCUACACUCCAUAACUUUUCAGCUUUUUCUAAUUUGGCCAACUUGAGGAGCCUUUGGCUUGAAAAAGUUUCCAUUAAGCAGUUGACGGAAUCUACCAUCCCAUUGAGAAGUUUGCGUAAAAUAUCUCUCAUCCUAUGCAAAAUCAAUAACAGCCUUGAUCAGGUUGAGAUCUUUCCUUCCCUCUCAGAACUUACAAUUGACCAUUGCGACGAUUUGAUCAAGCUGCCUCCUAGCAUUUCUAGGAUGCAAUCACUGAGAAUUCUUAGUAUAACCAAUUGCCACAAUCUCCAAGAACUCCUUCCCAACUUAGGUAACCUGAAAUGCCUACAAAUUUUGAGGUUCUAUGCUUGUCCAAUUCUGAAGAUGCUUCCGUCAAGCAUAUGUGAGCUAACAUGGUUGAAGUACCUAGACAUUUCUCAGUGUGUUAAUCUAAAACGUCUUCCUGAGAACAUUGGUAAAUUGUCAAGCUUGGAGAAGAUUGACAUGAGGGAAUGCUCACGGAUUUGGAGUCUACCACAAUCUGUUGUGUCCUUAGAGUCUUUACGCUGCGUAAUUUGUGAUGAAGAGGCUUCUUGGUUAUGGAAGGAUGCGGGAAAGGACAAUGUUCAUGUUCAGGUUGCUGAAAAACACUUUGGUAUAGACUGGCUUGAUGAAUGAGCAAGUCCUGUAUUACUGUCUAUACUUCUGUGGAAAUUAGUGUAAAUAAUUCUUUGUCCAAUAGAAGAAAAUAAAGUUAGUUCUGAUA